AUGUCCUCGUCUGCCGGCAAGAACCUUCCUUUGGAGAUCAUCGAACAAAUACUCCUUCCGUUGCCAACGAAAUCACUGUUCCGCUUCAAGUCGGUUUCAAAGACAUGGAACUCCCUCAUUUCCAGCCCCCAUUUCAUCAAAACCCACUUCCUUCAAACACAUCAUACCACUCAAUUGAUUGCCCUUUCCACUACAGGAUCACUCUACUCCAUCGAUAUAACCGAAACCCGCCCUUGUCUCGACAGCGAUGAUAUACCCGCAACCGCAAAAGAACUGCGUAUUCGCUCACCUCCGCUCCGGUGGAAAGAGAUCUUGGGAUCCUGCAACGGACUCCUUCUAGCGAAAGAUGAAAACAAUACGAUGUUUGUGAUGAAUCCAAUGACACAAGACCUCUGGGAAGUCCCCGUCUCCCCUUUCGCACCUCCUGAUGAAGAAUGGUUAGAGGAUUAUGUUACAGAACAUGAAGAGGUUUAUGUUAAGUACGGAUUCGGUUACGAUUCAUCCACGGACGAUUACAAAGUAGUCUCCAUCUCGUUUUGGCACCACUACAGCGGCUAUCAUGAUUCCAACAAAAUGAUUGCAAGCGUUUAUAGCUUGCGUAACGACUCAUGGAGGAAAUUACCUGAUCGUAAUUACUAUGAACACGAUUACACCGCGGUGGAUGAUGUUAUCAACGGUGCUGUCAUCAACCAGAGUCUUCACUGGUUAACAAGACAAUUCGAGAUCGUUGGGUUUAAUUUAGCUAGUGAAGAAAUCAAGCAAAUGAAAUUUCCUGUUUCAGUUGGAUUUUACAGAAGUUUGUUUACCAGCAUGGUUGAUGUUGGCGGGAAACUUGGUGUGUUUGUGAGGAGCGAGGAGGCGGGUUUUGAGUGUUGUGUGAUGGAGGAGUGCGGUGUUGCUGAGUCUUGGACCAAGGUGUGUAUUCAUGGAUUUGAGGAGGAAGAUAGAGUUUGGCCAAUGUGUUUGCUUCAAGGAAGAAAUCGGGAAAUUGUGUUUCAACAAAAAGGUGGAGUGGUUGUAUACAAUAUAGAUGAAAGAAGACACAGAGACGAUGCUCUAAUUGUGACAGAUGCUCUAAUAGAUGAUAGAUGCUCUAAUCUAUUGCUACUAUUGCUAGAUGCGCUAAUAUGGAAAUAUGGAACAGAUACGUAUAUGCGCUAG